UGGAAAACUUUGCCCCUUAUCAUUUACUCCUGGAGUCUCUCUGUGGAUACAACUUUCCAGGGAAGCACACACCUCACAAGGAAACACCUGUGCUGUUCCGCUGUAAGCAGUGGAAGCCUCUUGCCACGCCUGCCUGUUUUCCCUGUCCCUUCAGGCUGAGCUAUUGCCAAGAUGAUCCAUUUGCAAAGUGCACAGAAGCUGCAGAUGCUGGAGAAAUCUUUGAGGAUGGUCCUCCCUGAGUCCUUAAAGGUGUAUGGGACAGUCUUCCAUAUGAACCAGGGAAACCCAUUCAAGCUUAAGGCCCUGGUGGACUCAUGGCCUGAUUUUAACACCGUGGUUAUUCGUCCUCAGGAGCAGGAAAUGACUGAUGACCUUGAUCACUACACCAACACUUACCUGAUCUACUCCAAGGAUCCUGAGCAAAGCCAGGAGUUCCUUGGCUCCCCAGCAGUCAUCAACUGGAAACAGCAUUUGCAGAUUCAAAGUUCACAGUCCAACCUGAACAGAGUGAUACAAAAUCUUGUAGACAUCAAUUUAAGCAAGGUCAAGCACACACAAUGCAAUCUCUACAUGGUCUAUGACACAGCAAAGAAACUGGCUCCUUCUCUGGUGGACGUAAAGAACUUGUCACCCAAGGGAGACAAACCCAAGCCCCUCGACCAAGAGAUGUUCAAACUCUCAUCCCUGGAUGUUACCCACGCUGCUCUGGUGAACCAGUUCUGGCACUUUGGUGGCACUGAGAGAAGCCAGAGAUUCAUCGAGCGCUGUAUCCGCACUUUCCCCAGCUUCUGUCUGCUGGGGCCUAAGGGGACACCGGUGUCCUGGUGCCUGAUGGACCACACCGGAGAGCUGCGAAUGGGGGCCACCGUGCCUGAGUACCGGGGCCAGCAUCUUAUUUAUCAUAGUAGCCUUUACCAGAUCCAGAGUCUGGUGAAACUAGGCUUCCCUCUCUAUGCCCACACUGAUAAGGCCAACCACAUUAUUAAGAAAACGUCUGUCAGGCUGCGCUAUGUCCCCAUGCCCUGUGACUGGCACCAGUGGAACUGUCUGCCACAGUAAAGCUGUCCCUGAACAUAGGUCGCUGAGGAGCACGCCGCUGGCUGGAGAAGGGGGUGUGGAAACACAGAGGGAAAAAUCCCUUAGAAUGGAGUGGACCCUGGGCUCUGUGAUGGAGGGAUGUGUGGUGAACAUCACAGCCCAAGCUCCAGCCCUCAGAUCACUCACAAGCCAGCCUUCGCUUCCUCAGUGUGGAGCAGGCCAGGCUCUCCUGCUCCAGGGCUGACCCAGCUGCUCAUUUCCAGGACCUUUGAUGCGUGCUAACACACUGCCUGCUUUCUCCUUUGAUCUCUUGCCUCAUUCAGUCUUGCCUGUUUGCUGGGAUAUGGAUUCUUACGAUUUUCCCCUCUGGACUUCUAUGGCUUUCCUUUUAUUGGCUGGAGAGAGGUCUGUCUUCUCAAUAGGUCUUUUAAAAUCCUUUCCCAGGUCGCUUCCUAGACCUGGUAUGAUAACCAUGUGAAAUAAAUUUCACAUGUAUAUACACAGAAACUAUGUGGUGUAAUUCUAGGAAUAACUAAAAAACAGAAGAACUGGUAAUAUUUUUGCAAAUAGCAUCAGUAUCUUUUGCAACGAGUUACACAUUGCUAUUCCUGGCCCAGAAAAGAGAACGCAGCACCGCCUUUUCAGGCUUAGCUCCACUGAUGCCCUCCUGGAUCCCUUGGUGGCACUGGGACUUCUUUGUGGAAGCUUAAUCUACAUGUUCCAUGAUGUGACAUGGAUGUAAGGAGAAAAGGAUACAAGAACACUCAACCUAGGAAGGUGGAUCUACAAGAUCGGGGUGGGGGCUGCAGGAAGCUUUGUACAGGGCUAGAGACCAGGAGGCACCUGGCCAAUGCACACGCCGUGAGAUCCCUGUGACCCCUGUAGUCCAGGUGAGAAUCAUGUGGGUCUAGAUGAUAAAGGAGACCACAGGAGGGGUCAAUCGCGAGUCUUCCUAGGAAGACAGCAGCAGUAGUGCUAGAGGAAUAGCAGGUACUUGAAGAAGGAAAAAAGGAAAGGGAAUGUCACCAGGAGAAGUCUCGAGACCAUCAUAGUCCCGACCCUCAACAAAGAAGAAAAGGUGAGCUUCCUGUACUUGAA